AUGUUGUGUGUGUGGCAUAUUAACAAAGAUGUUGAGGCGAAGGUUACUUCCAUGUUUGAAAAAAAGAAGGAGAUUGGUGUCAAGUUCAAAAAUGGGAGGUGGAGGCAUGUGAUUAAUGCUACAUCUGAAGAGGCAUAUGAAAGAGAGCUUGUAGAGCUGAAAACCAAGUGGGGUCGAUGGCCGAAAGUGAUUGACUAUGUUGUGGACACUUGGCUCAUACACAAGGAGAAGUUUGUGAUGUUUUGGACGAACCAGUUACUGCACUUCGGCAAUGUUAACAACUGCAGGGUUGAGAGCCAGCAUUCGACAUUGAAAUGUUGGAUUGACAGUUCUACAGGUUCUUUAGACACAGUUUGGGCUCAGGUGCAUUGCUCGAUUGAGAACCAGAUCAUAGCCAUUCGUAAUGGGUUGGAGGCAUGUAGAGCAACUCAUGGUCAGAAGUACAAGCAGAAGCCUUUGCAUCAGCUGAACGGAAAGGUAUCCCACUAUUGUCUGUCUAUUCUUCUCGGUGAGACGAACAGGAUGCGGGGGUUGAGUACGGAUGUCCAUCGACGUUGUGGGUGUGCUCUACGUACUACCCACGGGUUACCUUGUGCGUGCCAAAUAUAUGACUCGAUUACUGCAGGGAAGGGGUUGUACACGAAGGACAUUCAUCCAUAUUGGAGGACCCUUGUCAUUGGAGAGGGUGUCGACAUUCCUGAUAUAGUUGAUGAAAAUGAUGAGGAUCGAGCUCAUUUCCGCACCCUUGUUGAUCAGGUUAUUGCCAGCGACCCUGUGAUGCUUAGGCACGUGUCUCGAGUGAUUGAGGGUGAGAUGGAUCCUAACUACGAUGACCUUCAGGAGCCUCGAGUCAACCCUCGAGUAAGGGGACGACCUCCCGAGAGAAGGAACAGGCGAGAUCAUUCGUUUUUUGAGCAUGUUCAACGUAAUGGGCGAGAUAAUCGAUCCAGAAGUAGACCACCCCCAUCUGAUACAGGUACUAGGUUCGACAUGCGACAAUGUAGAUACAGCUACGCGAUUCCCAACAUCAUUUGGCCUUACGUCGUAGGUGUUAAGGACGUAGUUGGAGAUGGGAAUUGCGUUAGUUCAGGACUGCAAAGGGAGAUAGACUGGAUCAGAUGGGAUGGUGAUGCGUAUGGAUAG